AUGCAGUUCGCCCUGCCUCCGCGGAAGAGUGUCCCAGGCGCUCGCUCCUCAAGAUUACCGCACUACCGGCGGAAACAGCUCAAAACGAUCGCGAUUUUCGCUUUCGCAGUUAUUUCCAUCCUCUACCUGCUCUCACACUUCUCGUCCUCGAGCUCGACAUCGACAUCGACAUCUGUGGCGCCGGCUGCUACGGCUGGUGUGGUUAUUGUGACGCUGCUGGAUUACGAGCAGUUCAGCGAGAGCUAUAUCAGCAAAAUUGUAGCGAACCGAGAAGACUAUGCGAAACGCCAUGGGUAUACCAAUUUCUUCGCCAGCGUCUCAGACUACAAUGAAGCCUUUGGCGACUCCCCUCGAAGCUGGGCUAUGGUUCCAGCUGUACGCCACGCGAUGGCGCGCAACCCGACUUCGAAAUACUUCUUCCAUCUGAACGCGCAUGCCCUCAUCAUGAACCCUGCGCAGUCGCUCAAAUCACACCUUUUAGAGCGCAGCAAGCUCGAGUCGGUCAUGUUAAAGGAUAUGCCCGUUGUACCACCGGAUAGCAUUAUCAGGACAUAUUCGCAUUUGAAGGAGAAGGACGUCGAUCUGAUCGUGACGCAGGACAGUGAGGAUCUGAACCCCGGAAGCUUCAUUCUUAAGAAUGGUGACUUUGCGCGCUAUUUCUUGGAUUUGUGGUUUGAUCCGCUGUUUCGCAGUUACAACUUCGCUAAGGCGGAGACUCAUGGGCUGGAUCACAUCAUGCAAUGGCACCCGACUGUCCUCUCCCGGACUGCCGUCGUCCCUCAACGCUAUAUGAAUGCAUUCAGUGACUCGACGGGUGCCUCGGCAGAUGGUGCAUACAAGGAUGGCGACUUGAUCAUUCGCUUUCCUGCGUGUGGACAAUCCACGACACGCGACUGCCCAGAGCUCGAAGCUUACUACAAGAUAUGGCAGAAGAAGUAUAAAAGCGAGCGGGACUCCUGA